UACCGCUACGACAGUAAUUAAUUCCGAUGAGGGAUCGGCGAGCGUCAAAACUUGCCGAACGUAAAUCAUCAGAAGCAUGGAGAAUAAAAAUGCCGGCCAUAAUGGAAUCAUAUUUGCCACAUUAUACUGUUAUUUAUAAUAUAAUUUUUACGUUUUAUAUCCUUCGAGGUCGUUGUGAUUUUCCCCGGGCGCCCUUUUGUAUUCAAGUUUUCAAUUCUACUAUAAUUUAAUUCAAUUUUAUUUCGAUGUCAAUAAUUUGUCAAAAUGCCGGCACGUCAAUCAAGUCUAUCGACAAUCGUGACGUCACAAAAGUACAACGCAAGCAUAUAUAAUCGACGAGGUUGGCUCACUUUACACUUGUCAUUCAUGUCCUCUGUAUCGAUCAAACUUUUGAAACGAUAUGAUUGUGUGUUUGGGGCCGUUGGGGUCCGGCAAAACGCUGUUGUUGCGAAGCCUGUCGACGGGCGGGAGCGUCGAUACGACGACGACGGCCGUCCCGACGACCGGCACCGAUUUGUUGACCGUCAAAAUCGACGGAAAACGGUACGAAAUACGCGAAAUCGGGGGCGCCAUGGCGCCCAUGUGGCCGAAAUUCUUCGAGGACGUCGCCAAAGUUAUCUACGUGGUGGACGCGUCGAAUUUGUGUCAAAUAUCGGCCGCCUGCGUGCUUUUGUACACCGUUUUGGUGCAUCCGUCGUUAAGGAACGUGCCGAUCCUGCUGGUGCUGACGAAAAUGGACGUCAGUUACAGGCAGAUGAGGAACGAGGCGCUGCUUAUGCUGCAAAUGAGGCGCCUGCAGAAGGAGCUGCGCCAGAAGAUUACCAUUACGGAAUAUAGCGCUAUCACGGAAGAAGGAAAGAAGGACAUUCUAAAUUGGAUAACGAAGAAACAUUGAUAAAAUAAAUAAAUUAGUAUUUUUUCCAUGUAUUAUUUUAAAAUUGAGGCCUCUAGUUUCU